ACACCUGAUAUCCCCACGUGAUAUUUUUUUUUAAAUUAUCCGAGUACACGUUGUUGGUAUCGCGUAUAUUACGAGUUUGUUAUCUUGAAUAUAACUUAAUACCUCCCCCCUCCCGUCACCGUCAGCCAAACCAGUCGAUAUCAGAACAGGUCUCAUUCACUUAAAGCAGAUCAGCGGACAGGGCGUUUAAUCGAGUGACGAUACAUGGCAACCAGCAAACGACCUUAAGUUGAGCUAGUUAACGUUAGCUAACGUUGUGACUGUGUGUUUGCUGCGGGUGCAGCGGCCUCGGCGAAACGUUGAAUGACAGACAAUUAACGGGUAACGUUGGGCUGACUGUGUUUUAUCGGUUGUUUCAGUGUGACAGCUCUGUAUUGCGUCAGGUUGUGUGCUAACAGCACGUUAGCCCGGAAGUGAAGAUGAUUAGAUUUGCAUCUGGAAGACGUUUAAUUACUGGGGUUCCAGUAUGGACAUGUCUUCAGGACAUAUCCAGAGCACCAGGCCGCAUGGCUAAAGCCCAGCUGCUGUUCCACUCUCAAGCCUCUCCAGUGUUGAAGCCACACAGACUGACUCCCACCAACAGGUUGUUGAGCAUCAGGCCUGUGAGCUGGUCUGCAUCUCGUCUCUGCCACGGGGAUUCACAAAGCACCUCAGAGAGAGCUGACAGCAAAGGGGGUUUCAGUUUGAGGGCCCUCACCCAGGCUCCCAAACCAGCUUUGUACCUGGGUUUCUCUGGGCUUAUCCCGUUUUUAUCUGCACCUCUCCUGAUGGCUGCCACACAGUCCUUCUACCCCGAACUGGCAUAUGCUCAAAUGGUCUACGGAGCUUCUAUAGUCUCCUUUCUUGGAGGUGCCCGCUGGGGGUUUGCCAUCCCUGCUGGUAGUCCUGCUCAGCCUGACUGGAUGAACCUGGGCAACAGUGUGAUGCCUUCACUUCUGGCUUGGCUGGCACUGCUCUGCAGAGACAAUAUUGCAGAGGGGGCCUUGGUAGUUAUCAUGGGACUGGGUCUCUCACUGCACUAUGAUCUGACCCUGCUGCCUGGAUACCCCUCCUGGUUCAAAGCCAUGCGAACUAUCCUCACUCUGGUCGCCACCUUUUCAUUGGUGGCUACCCUGACGAUUAAAAAUUUCUGUUCUGAGAAGAAAAUCAAAGAGAUUCAGAAGUGAUUUUUUAAAGGACAGUUUGUGCUUUGAACUUAAUAAAAAUGUCAAAAAAUAA